UACAAUGUAAUUGUAAGUCAAUUUUAAGAUAAUCUGUACAGUUUUAGUUACCCUGUUACAAACUAUAUUUUUACACUGGAAUCAGUUCAAAAGACUUUCCUAUAUUUACAGACUAAAAGAACUAUACCAUUUUAGUUCUGAGAAGAGAAGACUAUUAGGAGACUUGCUCCAAUUCUCAAAUACCCUUAGAUUUUUUCAUAAUGAGAACAGGAGGAACUUCUUUUCACAAAGGCCUCUGGGUGUCUGGAACACGGUACCCAGCUGUGUUAUUAAAGCUGAUACUGUUCUUAUGUUAAAUUAAUUUACAGAAAUUAUUCCUGUAGAUAGAAGUACAACCAGACUUAAUUGGUUGAUACUGUACAUGGAAUGUCUUGGCCUGGACAGCUGUACAAAUCUAUUUAAUUGGCCCCUUCUUUCUCAUUUCUUUUUUCUUGCGAUCUACCUAUUUUAUCACUGCUUUGUAGGUGCUUGUUAUAGUUUGCGGGGUUCUUGCCAUGUUCUAAGGAUUCAAUAACUUGUUCACAAAAAUCGUUUUUUCUGCCUGGAAUGAAGUCCUAUUACUCUUGAGCUGCAGAACUAAUGAAAAUAAUUCAUUUGAUACAUAUUAGAUGUCUAAUCUUAAAUCAGCUGGAGCCCUUCUCGAGUUUAUCAGCAAAUGUUAUGAGUCAAGUAAUGGGCUGCCCAAAUUCACUCCAACACUUCUAUAAAAUUUAAUAUUUGUUACAAGUCCAGAGACAUAUUUAGAAAUCGGAAAAACCAUCAAAUUAUUUUAUCAAUUCGCGUAGCACUGCUGAUUCUUGUCUGUAAAAAUAAUAGCCUAUUAAAGAGAGACGUGUGUAUUAUACAGUAUAUUGAAAGCCUAUUUGUUUCCGAACUCAGUUCUUUAUUUGCUCUGUCAGUCUGAUUGUCUGCUUUAUGAUAAUGAGAGUAUGUUUUUUUUUUAAAAGAAAUAGAAACGUCAGCGUUAUCAGAUUAACUGCAGACCAAUGGUGUUUUCAGUUAGCGCGUCCUAGUACAGAGGGUGAAAGACGCACAUUUUCAAAAGGGGAGAGACACAGUUGUCGAGCAACAACCGCGAAAUGGACCAAGACGUGCUCAGUCAGUAAAACUGGUGGACUUCAACUCAUGUUUAAGUGCUGUACGGAGACAUGGACUCUUUACAGUAACCGCAGAGGGAUUCGCUUUACAAGAUUUUUCUCAUUUUAACUCUGAGAUGCUGCCCUAGAUUUAAAUGCAGAAAUGGUGACCACGUUCGUGUGGUUGUCUUUGACCUACCUGGCAAAAACCUUUCCGAAAUCCGAGGCACGAUUUUACAACGAUACAUUUUUUGAGAGAACUUAUGAAGCUGCGGCAAACAGGUCGAGAUACUUUACUUUGGACAACAAUACACUGGCAGACUGGCAGUAUGUUAUAGGAAAGAAGAAGUACGGAGCAGAAUCGCAAAAUCCGACCAUCAAAGCUCUUCUGAUUAUUGCCUACUCCUUCAUUAUUGUAAUUUCCCUUUUUGGAAACAUCCUAGUUUGUCAUGUCGUGAUAAAAAACAAGAGGAUGCAUUCUGCUACAAGUUUAUUCAUUCUGAACCUUGCAAUAUCAGACAUAUUAAUAACUCUGCUGAACACACCAUUCACUCUGGUUCGCUUUGUUAACAGCACCUGGGUGUUCGGGAAAAUCAUGUGUCAUGUAAGUAGGUUCGUUCAGUAUUGCUCAUUGCACGUGUCCACUCUCACGUUGACAGCGAUCGCCAUGGACAGACACCAGGUGAUACUGCACCCCCUGAAGCCCCGAAUGUCCACGGCGCGCGGAGUGGUCUACAUCGCGAUCAUCUGGAUCAUGGCGAGUUGCUUCUCUCUCCCCCACGCCAUCUACCAAAACCUCUUCACGUUCGCUUACAGCAAGGAUAUGAUCCGCAGUCUGUGCGUUCCCAAUUUCCCUGAGCCCUCUGAUCUCUACUGGAAGUACACGGACUUGGCAACUUUCGUCCUGCUGUACGUGCUACCUCUGCUGAUCAUUUCCGUUGCCUAUACGACUGUGGCCAAAAGGCUUUGGAGACGCAAUGCUAUUGGGGAUGUGACAACGGAACAGUAUUUCGCUCACAAGAAGAAGAAGAAAAAGACCAUCAAAAUGCUCAUGAUGGUCGUGGUGGUGUUUGCAGUGUGCUGGUUCCCCCUGAACUGUUACGUCGUCCUGCUGUCCAGCCAGACCAUCCGUAGCAGCAACGCGCUAUACUUCACGUUUCACUGGUUCGCGAUGAGCAGUACGUGCUACAACCCGUUCAUUUACUGCUGGCUGAACGAGAACUUCCGAUCGGAGCUCAAGUACCUGUUGAGCAUUUGCAAAAAACGAGAAGGGGCGCAAGAGAGGAGCCUUCCAUCUACCGCCCCCUGCCAGCGAGUCGCCUGGCCGGAGAACAACGCAAACUACAGCAGGGCCAAAGAGUCUCAGAGUCUCAGGUCCGCCUCCAACAUGCAGUCGGCGAAGACUGACAUCUCCUCUGUGGAGCCAAUUGUAGCCGUUAGCUAAUCCCACCAGGUGGCCAUUUGAUAAAUUACUUAUUAAUGCUCCAUUGUGUCGUUUUUCUGCGCAGUAAAAGUCCUGAAAUAUCUACAGUGAAUUCAGAAUGGUUAGAAGGAUUACCGGAGGAGGUUUAGUUUCUAUAUAUCCAAAGAAAGUGGUGAAAUGUUUUGAGGUUCUUGUUUUGUUUUUUUGCAUCAACGCUGCAAACCGGUUUCCGUGUUGAAGGCGUGAGGAAAGUCUUUAUUCCCAGGUUAAGAUCUUGCCUAGCUGCCACUGGAGAGUACAGCACAAUUUUAAAGGACAUACAGAAUGUAAAACUGAAGGCAUUCAUGGGAAUUCACGCGAAAAGUGUUUACGAGGCAUAUUCCAUUUCUAGGCAAAACAAUACUGUAUUAAGUUAUUCAUCCAGUCAGUUUUAUGUGUAUAUUAAAGCCAGAAAAAGAAUAGUGUUUUUUUAUUUAUUAAUUUGACUGGUAUUUGUAUCCAAAGGAGGAUUUGGAUCUUUUUAUACACCUGGACAUUUCACUUCAACAAUCUGACUGAAACACUGUGGUAUCCUGUUAGGAUUACAAUCCCACAACCCCCAAAUUAAAAGCCCUCACCACUCUUGUAUACUGCUGCCUAACAGGCUUAUGUUACUAUUAUAGGUGGAUGUUCUGACAUGUAAACUACUUUUUGCCAAAGGAAACUCUUCGAUGUGACAGUAUGUGAUAUUUGACAUCCGUCAGGACUGCAUUUAAUUUUCUGUGCACACUGAUUAUCAGACAGUAUUUUCCUUGUGAUAAAAGACGUUUUCAGUGUGUUUAUUUUUUUUUUUAAAGGAAGGUACAAAAACGCAAUGCAGAGGGGAUUCUGACAUAUUUUUGUUUGCAGGUUAUGCUUUGUAUGUGGAGGUCAACAGCAGUAUGCCUGUUCUUUUCAAAAUGCUGUCAUAUGAAUUUGUUUUCAGUGUCUCGAAUUAGCCAUAUUCUUGUGUUUUGAAAACCACAGUAUGCUAUAAAGAUAAAGCUCUCUUGGGGUGACUUCUUUAGCACAAUUUCUAGUGUUUAGUUUGUGACAUACUGUAUGUUUUUCAGCAGGUCCUGCGGUAUUUGAACAUUAUUACCCAUUUUGUGAUAUCUCUGGGUGUGCAAUAAUCUGUAACAAACUUUUAUUCUUGUAAUACAUCACCCCAGAUUUUGUGAUGGCUUUUUGUUCUGCACUCUUGGUUGUUCAUGGGAAAAGCUGUAAUAAACCUGUUAAGUGUGAA